AUGGACCCAAAACAAGUGCCCACGGUCAAACUGAACAACGGUGUGGACAUACCGAUCAUAGGACUGGGCACGUGGCAGUCGGCGCCCGACGGCACGCUAUACAAGUCGGUCAAACUGGCGCUCGACGCCGGGUAUCGACACUUUGACUGCGCCCUCAUCUACGAGAACGAGGAGGAGACCGGACGGGCCGUCAACGAUGCCAUCAAAGAGGGACAGGUGAAACGCGAGGACCUGUACCUGGUGUCAAAAGUGUGGCUCACGUACUACACGCGCGAACGAGCGCAGGAGUGCGUACGCAAAAUACUGGCCAAAUUUCAAACACCCUACCUGGACCUGGCGCUCGUGCACUGGCCCAUGUCGUUCAAACAGGUUGACGACACCCUGUGGCCCACCGGCGCCGACGGCCAGAUCAUUGAGGGCAACAUCGACUACAUCGAGGCCUACAAAGGGCUGGAGGACUGCGUGAAAGCGGGUCUCGUCAAGAGUAUUGGCAUAUCUAACUUCACCCGCGAUCAGGUGCAGCGCCUGUUGGACGCCACGUCCAUUGUCCCGGUGACCAAUCAGGUGGAGGCGCAUCCAUAUCUGGCCCAAUCAAAGCUAAAGGCCUACUGCGAGGAGAGGGGCGUAACCCUCACGGCGUACUCACCGCUGGGCAAUCCGGGCUCGAGCUGUAACGAUAAGCCCGAUAAGGGCCAGUUGCUAAAGGACCCGGUGGUGUUGCGCCUGGCCGAGAAGUAUGGCAAAAAUGCUGGGCAAAUACUGUUGAGGUUUCAGACUGACCGUGGUCUGAUUGUGGUGCCCAAGUCGGUCAAUCCCGAUCGUAUUAAGUCCAAUAUACAGAUAUUUGAUUUCAAAUUGACCCAGGAUGAGAUCAAGGAGUUGGAGGGCUUGGAUCGCAAGUAUCGGAGCAAUCUGUUUGAGCAAACCCAGCACCUGGUCAAUCAUCCAUUUGAUCCUAAAAUUGAUUUUUAAAUCA